GGACAUGAAAGAAGGUCAGCCCUGUGACGUCACAGCUUGCCGUUCCAAGAUGGCGCUGCCGGUGCGGGCUAAGCUAGUCCAUCACAUCAAACUAGCCAGGAGGUUUCUUCGCCACAAUCAAAGGUUUUUCUGCGAUGGAUCGUCGUCGGAAAAUAAGGAGUCUCCAGGCCAGGCCCGAGUCUUCUCUGGGAUCCAGCCCACCGGGGUGCCCCAUCUGGGCAACUACCUCGGUGCCCUGGUGAACUGGGUGUCCCUGCAGGACCAGUACCCGUCCGUGCUCUACAGCAUCGUGGACCUCCACUCCAUCACUCAGCCUCAGGACCCGGAACGGCUCAGGACCAACAUCCUGGACAUGGUGGCCAGCCUGCUUGCCUGCGGCAUCGACCCUGACAAGGCCGUCCUGUUCCAGCAGUCCCAGGUGCCCGAGCACGCCGAGCUUGCCUGGAUCCUCGGAUGCUUGACCAGCAUGCCCCGCCUCCGACACCUGCCCCAGUGGAAGAUGAAGAGCAGGCAGAGGAAUGAAGGCAGCGUUGGCCUCUACACGUAUCCCGUCCUGCAGGCGGCGGAUAUUCUUCUCUACAGGGCCACGCACGUCCCCGUCGGUGAGGACCAGAUCCAGCAUCUGGAGCUGGCCCAGGACCUGGCUCGCAUCUUCAACAACCGCUACGGGGCACUCUUCCCCGAGCCCCGCGCCUUGCUCGGCACCACACAAAAGGUCAAAUCCCUCCGCGACCCCUCGGUGAAAAUGUCCAAAUCCGACCCCCAGGCCAUGGCCGCCAUCGGCAUCACCGACUCCCCCGACGACAUCGCCCUGAAGAUCCGCCGCGCCGUCACCGACUUCACCUCCGAGGUGACCUACGACCCCGUGGCUCGGCCCGGCGUGUCCAACCUGGUGACCAUCCACGCCGCCGCCGCCGGCAUCGGCGUGGAUGAGGCGGUGACGCGGGCCGCGGGCGCCGACACGGCCGCCUACAAGGCCAUGGUGGCCGAGGCCGUCAUCCAGCGGCUGGCGCCCAUACGGGAGGAGGUGCUCAGGCUCAGGGAGGAGCGUCCUCACCUGGAGGCCGUGCUGGACGCCGGACGGCGCCGGGCUCGCCGGCUGGCCACGCCCACUCUGCAGGAGGUCCGACGGAGGCUCGGCUUCUCUUGACAAGACCACAACGUUCUUCCGAUCCGAACUCUCAUCCUGUCUCCGCUCUUACAGGAAGGACUUUUAUACUUUGGAAUUAUAUUGAAGGACGGAUCAUGGCCGCAUUCCCACUUUUAUUAAAACCUGUCAAUCAGGAAUUGCUUUCAACUUUGGUCUACUUUUCCUCAUAUUUACCAUAUUUACUUCACAGAAACAAUACCAGCGUAUUUACUGGACAACUCACUGGUA